AUGGGCGCUUCUCCGAGCGCCGGCCGUUCCCCUCCUUCGCUCGGCGCCUCCGCCGUUGCCGCCGUCCGCGCGAGUGUUGUGCCGGUCUGUUUAAUUGCGCCUCCUCUUUCCUUCCUGCCUUCCUUCUCACCCCGCCCCCUCGCGCUGCGCCGAAGAGGGGCGGAGUUUCUGCGGAGCGCGACGGUGGCCCCGCGCCCGCAGCGUGUCUUCCGGCGUUGCCCGCGCUAUGGCCGCGGCGAUGUGCGGCUGCCCCCGGGACGCACUUCUGUGGGAGCACGGCCGCCGCACUGCGGGCGACUCGGCUGCUGCUCUGCGGCCCUGGCGGGUGCGCGGGCGCUCCCGGCUGUUGCGGCGGCGGCCUGUCGCCGCGAUGGCGCCUUUCGCUGUCGCGUGGGUGCGCUUCACUCCCGGGACGACGCGGGCGCCCGCACUGCCCCUCAGCCUUUUGCCGCCAGGCGCGCACGCUGGCAGAUUCCGCGGCAGGGGCGGGCCAAGGUGGAGAGCCACGCCGUGGUUGUUGAGAAGCAGCUUGUGCGAGGGGGCACGCCGGGGCGCACCCUCUGCGGCCUUCGCGGCCGGACGAGCCAAAUGCGGCCUGGAGGGAUCGGGUGGCCCGACCCCUACUUUAGCAAACGGCUGGCUCGGUCCCAGUGCGGCCCAGCCAAGUCCUGGUCGGUCCUCGCCCUGCAACGAAGAUGCGGGUGA